CAUAGCACACAGUUCAAACCUGAAGCCCUGUUGUGAUUACUUCAGCUCACCUGUUCUGGGGUGUUAUUUUAAGAAAGCAGAAGCAGCAUCAUUUGCACACCCCUUAUAGACACACAUUUGGCUGUAGAUUUUUGGCUUCAGUCUUUGAAAAGUGAAGACAAGAUGAAGACCCAUUUGCUUCUCUGGGGAGUCCUGGCCAUUUUUGUUAAGGCUGUCCUUGUAACAGGUGACAACGAAGGGACCAUUCUUGCUGACAACAAAUGCAUGUGUACCCGAGUUACUUCUAGGAUCAUCCGUUCCACCGAGGAUCCUAAUGAGGACGUUGUGGAGAGAAAUAUCCGAAUUGUUGUCCCUUUGAACAACAGGGAGAAUAUCUCUGAUCCCAACUCUCCACUGAGAAGGAACUUUGUAUACCAUUUGUCAGACAUCUGUAAGAAAUGCGAUCCUGUGGAAGUGGAGCUGGAAGAUCAGGUCGUUACUGCCACCCAGAGCAAUAUCUGCAGUGAAGACACUGGUGUUCCUGAGACGUGCUACAUGUAUGACAGAAAUAAGUGCUAUACCACUAUGGUCCCACUUACAUAUCGUGGUGAGACCAAAAUGGUGCAAGCGGCCUUGACCCCUGAUUCCUGCUACCCUGACUAGUUUGAGUCACUCACUGUGCAGCUCGUUGUCAUUAGAGGCUCUCCAUUUGCACCCAGAAGUUAUACUCACUGCUAAUGAAUUUGAAACCGGGUUUUUUUUUUUUGUUUUUUUUUUUAGUGGUAUAAAACUAACAUUCCCUUUCAAUAGUUAGAAUACCAGCACUGCUGUCAUUAUUAUGUAAUUCUUUCUCAAUUCUAAGUAGUAAAUCCUCAUGCUUGUUCAAGGAGGUAUGUUUAAAAGUUCAUUUUCUAGUGUUUAAAAUUGUAAGCAAGGGAAGAAAGUAAAAUUCCAGGAGUAAAAAUCAAGAGGCAUAAUUAAAUUCAACCCCUUCCUCCCUCCCUUCCUUCCUCCCUUCCUUUCUUCCUUUGCUGUGGAGAGCUGGAGCUUUGGCACAUCCUGUACUAGUCUUUCUUUAACAGCUCACUGGGUAGAGAAAACAGCCAAUAAACACAGGGCACCUACAUAUCUUCACCAUAAGUCAUAAAUGACACAUUUUGGAACUACUGACUAACAUUUAUGAAAGACAUUUGCUGAAAAUGCUAUAAUUUGAUGCACAUAUGAAAAAAUGAGUGUUGAUAGAAUACAUAAACUUAGCAUUAGAUUUUCUUGAUAAUAUUUUUGACAGUGAGAUUAUUGUCUGAAAUUCUUAAGGGGAGUCUUUGGUGUCUCAGCUGAAUUUAAUGAAAUUUGUAUUCCAAAAUAUGUAUUCUCUAAUACAGUUUGAACAAUUAAAUAGAGUGAUAAGCAUAUACCCGUGUGAAAUGAUUCGUUGGAAAAAUUUUUUACUUGUGUUUAACCUUCUUGAUGUAAAUUAAAUAUGUUAUCAUUGG